UGUAAGAUCACUUUGCCACUGCACUGACACAAGUCACUCACUGCCUUCCCAGCAUCUUCACUGCACUGCAAGGAACAACUCUAAGUUGACUGCAUGUCGUCGGACCAGGAGAACUGCUACCUGUGUAAGGAAUACCUCAGAGAUGCCGUGUCCAUCCCGUGUGGCCACAUCUUUUGCUCCAUUUGCCUGAAGACAUACUGGGACCAUGCUGACCACACGGGCUCGUAUCAAUGCCCAGAGUGCAGGGUCACCUACAACAAGAGGCCCACCCCGAGACGCAUCGGAGGCUCUCGGCACUCCACGAUCCAACGCAACAGCGAAUCCUUUCCACCUCCACCUCCGUCCCCAGACUACAACUACGCAGGACCCCAGGAUGUAGGUUGUGACAUCUGCAUUGGCAGGAAGCAAAAAGCCAUCAAGACCUGCCUGAUGUGCCUGGCCUCAUACUGUGAGAGACAUCUCAAGCCCCACUUUGAAUCAGCCACUUUUAAAAGGCACAAGCUGGUGGAUGAAAUCGGCCACCUGGACAGACAGAUCUGUCCCCAGCAUCAGAAGGGUCUGGAGCUGUUCUGUCGCACUGAUCAAAUGUGCAUCUGUGUGCUGUGCACAGUGAAAGAACACAAAGGUCAUGACAUGGUUUCUGCUGAGCAGGAGAGGGCGGAGGAGCAGCAACGGCUGGGCGCCACCCAGGCUGAGAUCCAGGAGAAGAUUCAUGACCGACUCAAGCAGAUGGAGGAACUAAAACAAGCAGUGGAUACACUCAAGAACUCAGCCCAGAGAGCACUGCAGGAAUGUGAGAAGACGUUCGGUGACAUGAUCCGCUCCAUUGAGAGACUGCAGCAGGAGAUGGCCAAGCUGAUCACCUCAAACAAGAGAGCAGCCCUCAACAACGCAGAGGGCCACUUGGAGCGUCUGAACCACGAGAUCGCAGAUCUAAAGAGGAGAGACAAUGAGAUCACACAGCUGUCCCGCACUGAAGACCACAUCCACUUCAUCCAGAGCUACCACAUGCUGAUAGCCCAGACUGAGGCUGAGGAGCUGCCUACAGUCAGCGUCAACCCCUACUUCACCUUCGGCCCGGUCACUAAAGCCGUCUCUGAGAUGAAACAGCACCUGAACGAAUUCAGCAACGAUGAACUGGUUAAGGUAGCCAAGACAGUCAACAAAAUGACCUUCUGCCAGCUGGAUGAAUCCAAAAAGAGACGCUCAGUGAAAAGUGAUGAAGCUGCCAUGUACAAGUCUGUACCAGUCCAGGAACCUCAGUACAGGGAGGAUUUCCUGAGAUAUGCCAAGCAGCUCACUCUGGACUCGAACACAGCCUACAGACAGCUCUACUUGUCUCGAGGGAACAGGAAAGCUGCCCUGAAGAGAGACCCACAGUCCUACAGUGACAACCCUGCCAGGUUCGACUCCCUGCCCCAGGUCCUGUGUAUGGAGUCUCUCUCCGGAGGAGCUUACUACUGGGAGGUUGACUGGAGCGGGGAGGGGGCUGCAAUUGGAGUCACCUACAAAGGCAUCAAGAGAACGGGCUACGGAGACAGCUGCCGCAUCGGCUACAACCGCAAGUCCUGGAGCCUCUUCUGUUCCGAUUCCAGCUACUCAGCGCGCCACAACAAAGACCAGAUAGAGAUCAACGCACCCUACUCAUCACGUAUAGGAGUGUUCCUAGACCACGCUGGAGGGACCCUGUCUUUCUACACCGUAGGGGACACCAUGUCUCUCAUCCACCGAUUCAAGGCCUCCUUUACUGAGCCUGUCUAUCCAGGCUUCUGGGUUUGGUAUGAGUCAGCCAUCACACUCAUCCAGCUGUGAUUAAAUGAGAUACUCCCCGAUGAUCACUGCACAACUGUGAUUCAGUUUUGGUGUGGAUUUACAGAACAAAAGCAUUCAUAUUUUUUGAUGAUAUGUAAUUGCUCUUUUAUAAAUUGGAUACUUUGUAGUUUUGUUGACUCUAUACAGUAUGUGUAUGAGGGAAACUGUUCUUGAUGACUGUGAAUAUUUUUCAAAUCAAGGAAGAUCAGGUGUAUAAAGUGAAUGAGGAUUUAAACGAUCAUUCCAAAGAAUGAAGACUGUACAUGAUUGAAAUAUGCCAUGUGAUCAUUUAUCCAUGUUAUGAUACAUUUAUUUUUAUCAAUAAACCUUUUAUAGCCAAGA